UCAAUGACAAGAUGUCUGUCAUUCGAAUUUUUGCGCUUUUAUUUGUUAUUUUUAAUUGUGUUAUUUUUGUGGCAGCUGAUGCUGAAGCUAUGUUGGCUAAAAUAAAAAAUGGUUUACAAACAGCUAAAAAUUAUUUAGACACUGCAAAAGAUAUUGCUGAUCUUGUAUCAACAAGUUUGGGACAUAAUAAACAUCAUGAACAUGGUGACAGAGAUAAUAAAAAUGAUAAAUUAUCAAAACGUCUUGGAAAUGGAAAUAUAACAUCUGCUUUUUUUCGACUACUUGGUUUAGAUACACCACGAAUUGCUGCGAUUGCUAUUAACAGUGCAAUAUUUUUAACUCAAAUGAUCUCUUCGCUUUUUAAUAUUCAACAAAAAACUGAUAAAUCCAAGGAAAAAAGAUCAAUGGAUUCGGAUCAAUUUGAUCCUUUAAAAUUUUUACUAAAUACCAGAAAUGAAAAGAUACAACAUUUAUUGAAACAAGCGAAAAAUCCAGAGCUUCCAAAUCAACUGAUGGAUAAUUUAAAAGAUCCAGACACUUCGUGUGUUAGACUUUUGAUGUGUAAAGCAUCACCAAUAAUAUUGGCAGCUCAAGAGUCAAUGGAAAAUAAAACUACAAAUCGUAAAUUUGAUAUAACAUCUUGGUUACCAACUAAAGAUGAAUUUGAAGAAAAUGGUGAUACAUGUGAGAAAAAUUUUUCUGAUUGUCAAGUUUUUCCAGAUAUGUAA